AUGGUCGUCGGACUCGGUAUCCGCCAGAGCGAUGCGUCUGAGCUGACACCAACCAUCUGGGCCCUUAUCGACUGUCGCAGCGACCCCCCCGGAUUGAACCUCCUUGGCGUCGGACCGGAUGAGUUCGAAAGCGAAUGUAUGGUUACCGUCGCCAACAGGAACACCGAGUACCUUCUGUACAUCACCUUGAGGAAGUACCCCCUGUCUCCCACAUACCGACAGCAAAUGCCCUCCAGUCUUCAAACUGAAAGCGUCUACUACACAUAA